AUGUCGUGUGGUUUGAGAACGUCUUCAGUUAGCCGAUUGGUUUCGAGACGUUAUGCUUCAGCCGGGCCCAAACGUACUGGUCCAAAUGUGGUACUGAUCGAUGCUGUUCGUACUCCAUUCGCGGUUUCACAAACUGUCUACAAGGACUUGAUGGCAGUGGAUUUGCAAAGAGCUGCGUUCUUGGGUAUGUCUUUGACUUUGCUUUGGUUUUUUAGGUAUCAAAUUGGAUCAGCUGGGAAGAACUAUAAUAUAGAUUUAUUAAAGUCUGGGUAUGGAUACGAUGGCAGAUUUGGGCUUAUUUCUUAUCUUUGUGGCCUGUUUUUUUAUGUUUUAGGCUUCAAAAUGAAUAAAAAGUGGAUCUAUGUCUAAAAUUUUGAUGUUUUCAUUAUGGUUCUUUAAUUUUUUUUAAUUUUAAGGGCUACACGAACGCACCAAGGUGCCAUUAGAGGAUGUUGGAUACAUUUGUGGAGGUACUGUCAUUCAAGAAGCUUUGACUUCGAAUAUUGCUCGUGAAGCUCAAUUACUGUCCGGGUUCCCUGAUUCUGUAAGUAUACUGUCAUUUUUUAUAGAAAAGGAGGUGUUUUUACAAAUUAUUGGUUCAAAAAUGGCAUUUUAAAUCAUUUUUUGAUUAAAAAAUAAAAUUUUCUAACUAUAUUUCGAAUGAACAUGGCAUUUUUGUCCAUUUCGGACUGAAAGAUUACUUUUUUAAUGAUAUUUGAGAAAAUUUGAAAUCUCAACUAAAUCUUGACCAAAAAAUCCAUCUCAAAGCACAAUGCUGGCUUCAGAUUCCCUCCCACACCGUAACUCUUGCCUGCAUUUCCUCAAACGUCGCCCUAUCAACUCUCCAAGCUCAAAUCCAAUCCGGCAAUUACGACGUAGCCAUAGCCGGAGGUGUAGAAUUCUUAUCCGACGCUCCAAUCAGAUACAACAGAGAGGUGCGAAAAGCCAUGUUUGGAAUGCAAAAGGCCAAAGCCCUGCCAGAUCGACUAAAAUUCGGUCAAAAAAUCAUUGGAGGCAUCUUCAGCCCACAAUUGCCAGCCGUAGCCGAGUUCACGUCUGGAGAAGUGAUGGGUCACAGUGCGGAUCGUCUGGCUUCGGCUUUUGGAGUGUCCAGAAAGUAGGUUAAUAUUAUGUUUUUAGAGGGGAAGGUGUGGAUAAUUCUAUGAUUUAUGAAUGAACCAGGGUGUGGAUAAAUGAUCAAGAGAAUGAGGAGGGGUGGUAAAAAAUUUUUUUUAAAUCUUUUUUUUCAGAGAACAAGACGAAUUUGCCCUCCGAUCCCACACUUUGGCCCAAAAAGCUCAGAAAGAAGGGAAACUGACCGAUGUUAUCCCCUUCUAUGACCCAACCGGAACUGCCAAGAAACCCUCAAUCUUCGAAGACAAUGGAAUCAGAAUCACGCCGAUCGAGAAGUUGUCUUCGCUGAAACCGGCCUUCAUUAAGCCUCACGGCACUGUCACUGCUGGUGGGUUUUAUAUUUUUUAAGCUUACAGUUGAUUUUUAAGCCAAAAGUUUUAGUUUUAGGCUAAAAAUAUAAUUUUUAAGUCUGAAAUUCAUUUUUAAAAAUUUCUUAAGCCUAUUUCAUUUUUAACCCUAAAAUAUUAUUUUUAAGCUUAAAGCUUUAUCUUUCGAUCUACAGGGUCAUUAGAGAAAUUUGAAGGUAAGUAAAAGCUUCGUACUCAAAAACUAGGAGUACUAAAAAGCCGAUUUUUUUUAUAUAGUACCCAAUAGUGGGCCAUUUUGGAAUUUUACUGUUUUGAUCGAGUUCGGCGGACGGUCGGCGGAGACGCAAAAUUUGUCAGAUUUUACCUUCAAAAGCUUCAAAUUUGGUCGAUUUUGUGUUUUGAAGGUACAGAAUAACAUACAUCUUUAUAAAAAAUUUAUUUUUCUCCGCGUCGGCGGAGACUGCAUUUUUACCGGCGAAGGCUUUAACUCGGCUCAAACUCAAUAUUUUCUCUUCGGACAAAAACUAGCAGAAUUGUGACAUUAAAACGCAUAAACUAGUACUAAUUUUGAAAAUUUUCCGUUAAUUUUAAAAAUUCGGCUGACAUUCAACUUUUCGGCGGAGACUAUUACUCAGCCCAAAAUUCAUAUUUUUUUCUUUAAACAAAAAGAUUUAGCUUUACAUUGUUUGUUUCUACGCGUAGUUUAAAUUUGUUAUUAUUUGGUUUAAGUUUGACAAUUCGGCGAAGGCACAUGAUUUCGGCGGAGAUCAUAACUCAGCUUAAAACUCAUAUUUUCUUCUCAAAUAAAAAAAAUUGAGUUCUUAGCUUUUUAAUCCACUUAACUUUUAAAUUUCGUCAUUUUUACGCUAAUAUUGACAAUUUGGCGGGAGCAGUGUUAUCGGCGGAGGCCAUAUCUUGGCCCAUAAUUGACGUGAACAUGAAAAGCUAUAGGAUUAGGAAUGUUAACAAUUUAUAAACAUUCAUUUUUUAUUGGGUGAGGUAAUAUUAAGUUUGGGGAAAGAUAUGGCCUCCGCCGAUAACACUGCUCUCCGCCAAAUUGUUAAUAUUAGCGUAAAAAUGACGAAAUUUAAAAGUUAAGUGGAUUAAAAAGCUAAGAACUCAAUUUUUUUUAUUUGAGAAGAAAAUAUGAGUUUUAAGCUGAGUUAUGAUCUCCGCCGAAAUCAUGUGCCUUCGCCGAAUUGUCAAACUUAAACCAAAUAAUAACAAAUUUAAACUACGCGUAGAAACAAACAAUGUAAAGCUAAAUCUUUUUGUUUAAAGAAAAAUAUGAAUUUUGGGCUGAGUAAUAGUCUCCGCCGAAAAGUUGAAUGUCAGCCGAAUUUUUAAAAUUAACGGAAAAUUUUCAAAAUUAGUACUAGUUUAUGCGUUUUAAUGUCACAAUUCUGCUAGUUUUUGUCCGAAGAGAAAAUAUUGAGUUUGAGCCGAGUUAAAGCCUUCGCCGGUAAAAAUGCAGUCUCCGCCGACGCGGAGAAAAAUAAAUUUUUUAUAAAGAUGUAUGCUAUUCUGUACCUUCAAAACACAAAAUCGACCAAAUUUGAAGCUUUUGAAGGUAAAAUCUGACAAAUUUUGCGUCUCCGCCGACCGUCUGCCGAACUCGACCAAAACAGUAAAAUUCCAAAAUGGCCCACUAUUGGGUACCAUAUAAAAAAAGAAUCAGCUUUUUAGUACUCCUAGUUUUUGAGUAUGAAGUUUUUACUUUCCUUCAAAUUUCUCUAAUGACCCUGUAUUUUCCUACUAAUGAACCCUAUUCCAGGUAACUCUUCCUUCCUGACCGACGGCGCCUCAGCAGCCCUGAUUUCGACCGAGGAAUACGCCCUUCGCAAAGGCUACAAACCAAAGGCUUUCCUACGCGAAAACAUGUUCGUAGCCCAAGACCCAAAGGAUCAACUCCUCCUAUCUCCAGCCUACGUCAUCCCACGCCUCCUGAAGCGGGUCGGCCUCAAACCUCAAGACAUUGACGUGUUCGAAAUCCACGAAGCUUUCGCCGGCCAGGUCCUGGCCAACCUCAACGCCAUGGACUCGGAUCACUUUUGCAAGAACAACAUUGGAUUAAGCGAGAAGUUGGGCCGCCUCCCCAUGGACAAGAUCAACUUGUGGGGCGGAUCCCUCAGUCUGGGCCAUCCCUUCGGCGCCACCGGUAUCAGAUUGGUCGCACACGCCGCCGCACGUCUAGAAGCCGAGAACGGCCGCUACGCCGUCAUCGCGGCCUGUGCAUCGGGUGGUGAAGGUGUUGGAGCGCUGGUCGAACGCUACCAACCCUCAAAGUAA